UAUCAGAUGCCAAUGUUUCAAUAAAACUGUCUUCCCAGAAAACUAACAACACAAUCAUGUCAAGACGGAUUGAGGAACUUACAGCCAAUUACACCAGAGUUAAAGAACGUCUCCACAUCAACAAUAUCAUAGUGAGAAAUACUGAGGAACUUACAGCCAACUACACCAGAGUUAGAGAACGACUGUGCAUUUAUGAAGCCGAGUCUUUGAACUGUGACAUGAGCUGGAAAGCUUUCAAUGGAAAGUUGUACUUCUUCAGCUCUACUAAAAUGGACUGGUCAAGGAGCCGUGCUUUCUGUGUUUCAAAAGGAGGUGAUCUGGUCACCAUAACCAGCCAAACAGAACAGGAGUUUCUGGCUUCUAAAAUUAAAGAAUGGUACUGGAUUGGUCUCAAUGAUCUGGAAACUGAAGGACACUGGGUUUGGGUGAAUAACCAAACUCUCAGUGAAACUGGAGUACAGUUUUGGUACAAGAGAAAAUCUUGGAAAAGUGAACCUGAUAACUGGAAAGCAGAGGAUCCUACUGGAGAAAACUGUGGAAUUGUGAAAAAUUGUUUCACAUAUUUAGAAAAUUGGUUUGAUGUUUCUUGCAAUUAUGAGAUUAGGUUUAUCUGUGAGAAAAAAUAAUAAUUUACCUCCAUCAGUGGUACUCAGAAAACAAGGCUUUUUUAAAUUUGCCAGCCUGAUCUCACUGUAAUUCAUACAUAUUUUACGAGAUGGCUAAUUUGUGCUAAAUCAUAUAUAUUUUACGAGGUGCACAAUUUCCUAUGAAUUUGUACGAAUGGCCUACACCUAAC